AAAUGCGGCAGUUUGGGGACAGUCCCACUGGCCCUGCCGGGGCGCCUUCAGAGCCCAGCCCCGCCUCGGGGUGCGGCCACCACAUCCCAUCGGCCUGGACAGAGCCCGCGCUGCUGGAGUCUGACCGGGAGCGGGGCUGUGCACCCACGAGGGGCCGCCGGCAGAGGCUCCAGCGCAGGCCCCGGCCUCUCGCGACACGGCCAGCCCUGCGCCAGCGCGCCUCCGCCCUGCUUCCUCCUGGGCGCCAGCCUGGGUUUGCUUUGGAAUUAAAGUCCUGUUUGAAGUUCUGUGACGGACAUGAAUUUCUGCUGGGCGAGUCCCCCGCCAGGCUCAGAAGAUGCGUGGAACGCUGGCCUUGCCACGGCGAAGCCCCGGCGGGCGCCUCCUUGCUUUGGGAGGAGAGGAGCGGGGCGCCGAAGGCCAAAGAUGUGCCCAAGCACGAGACGCGGGACGGCGCUGGCCUGGAGCCGCAGGCCCAGCUGCGCCCGCCUGCUACCUGUGGACACCGGACCAGAAGGGACCCUGCCUGCAGUAGGGAGCCCGGCCCAGGCACCACCGCCACACAGGACACUCCCGGACACAUAGUGUUCCCAGGUCCCAGUCCGACUGUCCUGUGA